UAUCAGCGGCGGGGGAAGCGAUAUGAACCUCGUAGCCGGGUAUGGGAGCAACGACGAUGCCAACUCGUCUGACGGAGGCGGUGGAAGUGGGCCGGCAUCGAAAGAAGCAAGACCAAAGGCCACCUUCCGCGCACCACGAGUGAACGCCGCCCCCAACGUCCUCGUCUCCGGGGCGAUGGCGCAGGCGACGGACUCGCUGAUGUCGUCUCCGCUCGGGAGGCUGGGGCUCAAGCCUUCCAGCAAGACCGGGGGGCAGAUCAUGAUCCACAACCCGAAGGCGGAGCACUUCCUCGCUCCUGUCCAGGGCCCGGUGCACCCGCACCGGAGAGAUCUACCGGUCCCGGCGGGAGGCCGGGCAACGGGCACGGGCGGCGUGAUCGAGCAGGCCUCCCUCGAGGAGUGGUCGUUCCACGAACAGUACCACACCUUCCACCAGUUCGGUUACGCGGUGGACUCCCGGGGGGACACUGUCGGCAACCUGUCUGAGCACUCCAAGCGCCAGGGGGACACGGUGCUCUCAGCGGAAGCGGGGGGGCUCCGACGCAACAAGCGAAAGAAACAUGCGGGAGCGGGGGCGGCGGCGGGCGGCGGGGAGGGCAAAGGGGAGGAGAGAGGAGAGGAUCUUGGCGAUUCGGACAACGACGGAGUGUGGGCGCCCGAGGCGCCCCGGGAGAAGACGGACUUCGAGGCCGGCACGAUGACUGCAGAGCAGACGAAGUUUCGGGAGGCGUGGGAGGCGGAGCAGGCCAAGAAGCACCGCGAGUACAACAUGGAGGAGGACCACGACCGGAGAGACGAGCGGAAGAUCUCGCACCUGCUCCCGCCGCGGCACAACCGCGACACCGAGUCCAAGACGGCGCGGUCCACGUUCCACGGGAAGGCGCAGCACGACUACCAGGGCCGCUCCUGGAUGGCCCCGCCGGCGGGUGCGAGGAGCGUGGAGGACGAGGGGGAAGACGUCCACAAGUGCUUCACGCCCAAGAAGUGCAUCCACCGGUACACGGGGCACACGAAGGGCGUGCAGGCCAUCUCCUUCUUCCCGGGCUACGGCCACCUCCUGCUGUCGGCGAGCAUGGACGGGUCGGUCAAGAUCUGGGACGUGAACGGCGGCCGGGGCCAGCGAAGGACGUACCAGGGGCACUCGGCGGCGGUCCGCGACAUCCAGUUCUCGAACGACGGGAAGCAGUUCCUAAGCGCCGGCUACGACCGGUUCAUUCGGCAGUGGGACACCGAGACCGGCCAGUGCAUCGCCACCUUCACCAACCGGAAGAUGCCCUACUGCGCUAAGUAUUACCCGGUGGACAACAACAUGUUCCUCUGCGGGUGCUCGGACAACAGGGUAGUGCAAUACGAUGCCCGCAACGGGUCGGAGAUCGUGCAGGAGUACAACCACCACCUCGGGCCGGUCAACACGGUGCUCUUUGUGGACGACAACCAGCGCUUUGUCAGCACGUCCGACGACAAGAAGGUGCUGAUCUGGGAGUACAACAUACCCGUGCCCAUCAAGUACAUCGCGGAGCCGGACAUGCACUCCAUGCCGGCGACGACGCUCCACCCGACGGGGGGCUUCUUCGUGGGGCAGUCUCUCGACAACAAGAUCGUCACGUGGACCGCCCGCGACAAGUUCCGGCAGAUGAAGAAGAAGGAGUUCAAGGGGCACGUGAACGCCGGCUACGCCUGUCGCAUGGCGUUCAGCCCGAACGGGAAGUUCCUGGCGUCGGGAGACGGGCAGGGGAAGAUGUACAUCUGGGACUGGGGGAGCACCAAGGUCUACCGCAAGCUGCAGUGCCACGACGACGGUCCUUGCAUAGACGUCGCGUGGCACCCGCUGGAGCCGAGCUGGGUGGCCACAGCGGGGUGGGACGGAGUCAUCAAGCUUUGGGAUUAGAGUUGCUGGCGACCGGGUUGCUGGUAGUAGGCCGCGGCGGGAUGGAACCGAGUCAUCAGGCUCUGGAAUUUGAGUUGCUGGCGACCGGGCUGCUGGUGGAAGCGGCGCUGCGGACUCGAUCGCUGCAACUGCUGGAGGUCUUGGGCGGCUUGCUUGAAUAGGCUACCCGGGGAGAAGGGGUAGGGGUGGGGGGGGUUCGCCAUCAUUUCCCCUUCUUGGCGUGAGAUUACUUACUUGGGGUUUAGCUGUUGCAAGCCAGGCGGGGCGGUUUUGAUUAUUGGGGCGACGGACAAGACGCCUGCGCGUGUUUUUUUUUAGUGUUGUUUGUCUCGUCUGAAACCCUUCCAACCAAGGACACCAGAGGAAGGCACCAAGAGUUACGACGUGGUCUCGUUUUUCCGAACGUGUGUAUCCAACAAAGUGAGUACCCCUGUAUGUCUACCGUGCUCGAGGGAGUUGUUCGGAAGUACCGGGUCGCGUGAAUUGCUGCGGGAGCUUCAACACCGCCGUUGCUGUUUGUUUUGCUGGAGGAGACAGUAAAAGCUUUGUUGGACCAUGUGUGCGCUGCUGUGUAUCUGAAUGGACUCAAGGGGAGGGUGAACGAAGCGAGCUCCUUGUCUAGAUAAUGUCUGUCCUGCUAGAGUAGUGGCUGGUCUUCGUCCCACCGCCGCGGCCGCCGCCGCACGAAAAGACGUAUGCAAAACCGAAGUCACAGCCGCUCCUUGUACGGUUAUACGCCUAACACGUCGUGCUUCGGACGUGAACCCCUGGCUGAAUUUGUUGGGGCAGGCAGUCUCUAGUUUUUUUACUGCGGUGUGUUGGUGGUUCAGAAGUGUGGAUGUUGCCCUGACGUUGAAACGGCGUGCGCUGCCUCAAAUAGUUCUCUCUGAGAAAUAAAGCUGGCGAGCUUGACCAUUUUUGGGGGGGAUGUACUGUAGUUGGAGGCUGCGGAGGCUGGGUGGAAUGAGUGAACUCAGCGUGCUUGGACGCAAGUAUCCAGCCGAGAUAUGGAAUGAAUGGGAGAACUCAAGGCUACUUUUGGAAAUUCAUCAGUCGAGACGUGC